AUGGCAAAAGCUGUAAGAGCCGCUUCCAAGCCAGGCAAGAUUCACAUGCUGACUCCUAUUGACAGACAUCCAAGAGUUCUCACAAGUAGUAUCCAAAGCCGUCUAUCGAAUUCCAUCUUAGUGAGAGAAGUUGUUGGCAUGAUCCUAUUUGGACUGUGUAUUGAUCGGUUCGGGCGACGCGUGGGGAUUAUCUUGACAACCCUUUUCCUUGUUCUGCAAAAAAAAACUGUCACUGGCGGUCAAUACACAGUUUAUACGGCUCAAGCCCUGGAAUCCGCCGACAAUGGAGGAGAGUCCUUACAGAAACGCAGGGGGUGUUUGGUAGCUGUCUCGACCAACCUGGCCAUCGUUGCCGGAUUUACAUUUUCGAGUAUCGUGCCGUUGAUCGUUAUUGCCGCGUACAAUAACAAAGCUAGCGACGAAAUCUGGAGAAUAUGCUUUGGCAUUGGCAUCAUUUUCCCAUUGACUAUCUUUUUCUUCCGCAUGCGUCUACUCAAUUCGACGCUGUAUACCAAACACGCGAUCCAGCACAAAGUUUUGUAUAUACUCGCACUAAGGAACUAUUGGCGCCUCUUGCUGGGCGGUUCUAUGGCUUGGUUUCUAUACGACUUUGUCGUGUAUCCCUUCAACCCCCUUGCUCCUACGCUGGUCAGCGGAUUCAGCAAGCAACCGACCUUACCCAAGAGUGUGGAUGGAGCGUGCUGA